UUAGUUAGUGCGGCUGUGGCUAGCUCGAUCACUAUUGUCAACGGAACCUUUUCGCUGUUCCAAACAUUUUUCAGACUUGCUGAAGUCGACGAAGACCUCAAGAUUUGCCUCAAGCUUCUUGCAAUUGUGGAACGAGACCUCAACUAUGCAAGACGUCAGCUUCAAAGCCGCAGAUCCAACCUGAGUCACCAAAUUACAUCCACAGAUUUCCAGCAUCUCGAGAGUGCUAUUGGAGACACAGAAGCAGCAACAUUAUCUCUAGGCGAACUCGUCGAAGCAUAUCGUGUGCAGCGCGAUGUCAAUAAGAGAAUAUCGCCCGUGUAUCGAUUCAAAUGGGUAGUGCAAGGGAAAGAUCGGUUCGCGAGUCGACAAGGAGUUCUAAACAUGGCACACAUAAGUCUUUUGGCAGCAAGUCAGAAAAUGGAUACUGCUGCUCUAGCAGUCCCACAAUCUGCCACCCCUCCUCCUUACAGUCCAGGAGCGCUGGCGGGCAAUUCGAAGAUCUUGAGAAGUCCGAGUCAGCAGCGCACCUUGAAGGGCAAAAGCUCUAUGAUUUUG